CAUAAGGUAUUUUCAAGUAAUUUGUGUAGUUAAAAUAAUUAAACAAGACACUUCAGAGAGAGUUUGUCAGAUACAAAUGAAAAGAAGACAUUUGUGUCUGGGUUGGGGGGUUAUGCUGCCUGUCUCUAAAGCCUAGUUUCAGUUCUGUGAGGGAGAAUAAAAUGAAGUUUGCAUUCCAGAACUUAUAUUCUAGAACUGAGCGAAGUCAGUUCCCCAAGUUCCUUUGCUUGUAGAUGAGGUUUUCUCCGCCUGAGCCCUGCUGGUGCUUGGGGCUGCCCAUCUGCUGCAGGACGUUCAGCAGUUGGUCCUGGCCUUUGUCCACUACAUGCUGGUAGCAUCUCCCCACUUGUGACAACAAAAGAUGUCCCCAGAUGUUGACAUGCAUGUCCCCUGUGGGCCCAAAUCACCUCCACAUAAAGAGCUACUACUUUAGAUGUGUGUCUAGAACUGUGGUUUCAAAUAAGUAAUAGUAAUGAAAGUCAAAGACGUCUCCUUCCCCUCAUAUGAAUAGGAGUUACCAUCAGCUGUGCCACUGGGAUGGAUAAAGUGGUCUUUGCAUGCAGCCUGUAAAAUCAGAGGCUGAUGGUUCUCCUUGUUCUCCUUAAAACACUUCUCCAUAUUCUCUCUACCCUUUCUGCAAGCUUCUUUCUGUUCUUCUGUGCAUCUUUGUCUCUCCCUGCAUUGUGAGGUCUUCUAAGGGCAAGCAGAGGCCAUGUAUCCCCUUCUCUCCCAGUUAUUUUAAGGUGAAGCGGUGGUGAUCAGUUCCAGAUGGCUGUUGGGAGAAAGUAAACUUGAAGAAAAGGAGAAGCACUGAGUUAGAUUUCCUGUGCUUCAACUUUUAAAACUUUUCCACUGUGAUAUAAAAAGCCCUAAAGCAUGUGGAAAUAUGAAUUUAGAGCGUGACUGGAGAUAGGAGUGUGUGAGGAAAAGUGUCGCAAGCAAACUGAAAUUGCUGUACUCUUGCUAAGGCAAGUGGUAUGUGACUUUGACCUGAUCCAGUGAUUCUUCCCUCAGCAGCUUAAGGCUGCCCCUGUGACGGCAUCGACUGAAGCAAAGGCUGCUCAUACCUGCACCAGGAGGCUGCAGGGUGAUUCCUCAGAGAGUCACAGAUAAGAAUUUCCCAGAGUUUGUCCCAACUCUAAUGUCGCACAGUUUUAAUCUUUAAAUGCCACACAGGCUGCGAAGGCCCUUUGCAUUGCAGCAGGAUGAUCCGCUCCUACUGCUUGGGCAAUAAUUUCUUAGCAACUAUUGCAAAGUAUUUGACCAAGCAGCACCCACCUUGUGUGAUAUCCUCAUGCAGUUGUGGAUAUGAAAUUGUAACUUGUUGCAACAAUAUAGAGCCAUUAUGAUUUUUAAAGAUCUCUUUUUUUCUUUCCCUGCUGGUUAAUGAAAACCCUGGCUUUCUUACUGUUUCCUGAAUCACAUUUUGCUCAGUUCUUUUCUUUCAUAAUGGCUACUUUCCCCUUCAGCUGAUGUCAAGACUCUGCUGCCUCCUGUAAUUUCCCUACUUGCUUUCUCUUCUGUCUCUAUCUGUGCCUUAACAAUGGAAAAGAAAAAACUGAGAAGGCAUAUUUUGGGAAGGGAGUGGCCAGAGCAGCCUAGAGGAGGUGUUUAUUUUGUAAUUGUCAUGUUGCUUUCUUUGCUUAUGCGUCUCUAACUUACCCUCUGGUCAAGAGUGCUGUCACCUAUACAGAAAACUGAACUAGGAAGGAAGACGUGAACGCAACCUGGGUCCUGCUCUGUGCCCAGUGGCGGCCUGUGCUUUCGUAGACAUUGUUUCAUUUAAUCUUUGAGAAGCCAUUUGAGUAUUUUUGUCCCCUGUUUGUAGGUGAGGAAAUGAGACACAGAGAGGUUUCUCUGUCAUUCUCAUAGAGGGCCACUGAUCAAAGGCAGGUGGGCCUGACCCCAGGUCUGUGCUCUGUUGCCAUCACAGAGGGAAGGGAGAGGAACAGGGGUCCCUGGAAGACGGGGUACCAUGAAGGACACUCGGAUCUGGGGUGGUAGGAUAUGAGACCUGGCUGUAAAGGCAGCUUUGGUUCUGUGAGAAAGACUAAAACCAACCGGGUUCUUAGAAGAGUGCUGAUUUCUGAAAGGAGCAUCUUGAAUUGAGGUGGCAACUGUGCCUUCUCUCAGGGCAUAGAAAAUACGAUUUAACCAUUGGACAGCUUCUCUUCACAAAGGACGUCAUGAUUAGUUAAGGGUACAUUAAUUCUACUUGUAUUAAAAGUGGCCCAAAGAUGGCAGCGUGAGAGGAGAGACAGAGGCUUCCUCCUAAAACUGGAUACAAUUAGAAAAUUUAAUAGGCGCAACUAAUCCUGAGAGAGCAGCAGGAAAGAGGACGGCGCCAGACCGCACACACCUGGAGAAAGAGCAGACCUGAGCGAACGGGGUGACGCACCAGAGCUGUGGCUCCGCGGCACCCGAGCCCUUCUCCCACCCCAGCUCACGCGCAUCUCCGGGCGUCCGAGAACCCCGGACAUGUAGCAGUUUGGUUCCCGUGGUAACUCAGCGCGCGGCGUCAUGCUUCUGUGUCCGCGAGCUGAGAGCUUCUGUGAUGUCACGGGGCCACUUCCCGGCCGGUGGCAGAGUCGGACCGAGGUUGCGGUGACUGGGGCGCCAUGGAGGCCACUGGCGACGUCGAGCAGCCGCGGGGACCCGGCGGGGCUGAGCGGGGCGGCCCCGAGCUGGGAGACGCGGACGCAGCGGGGCAGCUGGCUCCCAAGAACCCCUGGAAUGUAAUGAUAAAGCACCGGCAGGUGCCGCGAAGGGGCCAUCGCCCACAGAUCACCACAAGCUUCACAGACCCUUCCAUCUCCAUGGACCUCCUCCGAGCUGUCUUGCAGCCUAGCAUCAAUAAGGACAUCCAGACUGUCUUCAACAAGUACAUGAAGUUCUUCCAGAAGGGAGCACUGAACGUGCGAGAAAAUGUCGGCGAAGACGUGGAUGCAGAGGAGCUGAUCCAGGAGGCCUGUCGGAACUGCCUAGAACGGGCUAAAGUACUGUUUCCUGGUAGAGAAAAAGUAAUGCCCAGAUCGAUCCCUGAGCUUCCAGGAAUAAAGCGUGCCAGGCAGGCAGAAGAGGAAUGUGCCCGUCGCGAAAGCCCCAUUCCCAAAAAGAGGAAGGAACGGCCUCUUGGACACAUGAUCUCAAAUGACCAGGCAGCUGCCGGCAAGGUACGGAAACCAAAAUCCUGUGAACCAAAUCCCAGAGAAGGCCCCAAGUGGGACCCAGCUCGGCUGAAUGAAUCUACCACCUUUGUGUUGGGAUCUCAAGUCAACAAGGCCCUGGGGAUGGGGGGCACCAGAGGGAGAAUCUACAUCAAGCACCCAUACCUCUUUAAGUAUGCAGCUGACCCUCAGGACAAGCACUGGCUGGUUGGGCAGCAUCACAUGCUGGCAACAGAGGGGAAGAUGGCCUGCCUCCUCGUCGAGGAGGACAUCCAGGACCUCGCUGCCAGCGAUGACUACAAAGGGUGCCCGGACCUGAAGUUAGAGGAGCUGAAGUCCUUUGUCCUACCCUCCUGGAUAGUUGAGAAAAUGAAAAAAUACAUGGAGACACUACGCAGAGAAUGAGCAUCGUGCUGUUGGAGCAUCUUCACAGACCUGAAGCCCACUC